ACCUUUGGUGUAUGCGGUGGUGACCUGUCUCCUCCUGCGCAAUCCAUGUUUUGUCUCUCUCCCUCUCUAAGGCCUUCUCUUCUCUCUCUCUCUCUCUCUCUCUCUCUCUCUCUACAAUUUCCUCUCUUCAUUUCACAGAUCCUCAAUUUUGAUCGAUGCUGAAUGGUGAUGUUUUUUGUGUUGAAUUUGGAGGUAGGGGCAAUUCUGGAAUGCGGAUUCGGCCAAUUUGAUCGAGUUUGAUUGUGUUGUUGAAUUUUAUCGUGCGGUUAAGGGGUGGUUGUAGAUGGCGUCUCCUCCAUUGCAGGUGGAGGAUCAGACGGAUGAGGAUUUUUUCAAUCAAUUGGUUGAUGAUGAGAUUGAUUCUACUCGAUCUGGCCCUGGUAUUGUAGAAGGUGAUGAUGCGGAUGAGGCAAAAGUGUUUAGGAAUCCAAGUAUUAGUGAAGUCGGUACCGCGGGAGUCUCGGCUGGAAACGUCGAGUCUGGGGUCAAUGUGGAACAGGGUAAUGGAGAUGGCGCCGUGUCCACAUUAUCGGAUACUGGGGAGGACGCUUUGGUUACGUCAUCAAAAUUUGUGACACCCGGUACUGUGAUUGAAUCUGGUGAUGAAGCAGUGGGGGAAGAAAGUUUACCGAGUACUAGCAUUGGUGAGAAUAGCGGGUCUUCGGGAAGAGGUGUUAAAGUGGUACAAUGGAGUUCGUUCAACUCAGAUUCUCAUCUUCAGGGUGGCAUCAUGUCGUAUUCAGAUUUUUUUAAUGAAUUGGGGGAUCGUACAAGAGAUCCAUUUGAUAAUGCAGUAAACCAAGAGAGUUCUGGGGCUGAAUUCAAUAACAUGAGCAGUGUUUCAGGAAACCCAGUUGAGGAUUUGAGUUCCUUGAAUUCCACACAACAUCAAGAAAGCCAAAACUAUGGGGUGGCUAGGGAGCAGGCAGUAGAUGGGCAGGAUUUGAAUAGUAGUCAGCACUGGGAAGAGCUCUAUCCAGGGUGGAGAUAUGAUCCAAGGACUGGAGAAUGGCAUCAGUUAGAAGGUUAUGAUGCAAAUGCUAGUAUGAAUGCUCAGAUAGCAGGUGAUGGGAUUGUUUCAAACCAGAGAUCCGAUGCUCACUAUUUUCAGCAAACCACACAGUCUCUUUCCAUCAUGGGAAGUGUGGCUGAAGAAUGUACAGGUGGUAGUGUACCUAAUUGGAAUCAGAUUUCACAAGGUAAUGUGGAAUACCCAGCACACAUGGUGUUUGAUCCACAGUAUCCUGGUUGGUACUAUGACACAAUUGCCCUAGAAUGGAGGUUGUUAGAGUCUUAUAAUCCAUCUGUAAAUCACUCAAUGACUGUCAAUAAUAACCAGCAAAAUCAAACUGGAAGUGUUUUGUCAGGUAAUUUCUUCACCAACAAGAGUCAUACCAUCCAUGAGCAAGUUGAAAAUUAUGGAUUGAAAGGCCUCAGUGGUCAAAGCCAAGUUGCAGAUUGGGAUGGAUCUGCGAGUGAUUACUGUCAGCAACAGAAGAAUAUUUGGCAAUCUGAGACAGUUUCUGAGAGUGAUGCAAUUGUUUUUACUGCAAAACAGCAAAUGCAGAAUCUCUAUGGUUCACAAUUUCAUGUGAACAAUUUUUCUAAUCAACAAACAGGUUCAAAAUCCUUGGGGAUAGGUGCUUCAUACGAACAAACAAGUCAUGGUUUUGAUGGCACUAAUGAGGUUUCAGGGUUUCAAAGCUUUACUCCUGGUGAAAACCUUUCUCGACACCAUAAUCAGACGAAUAUGGAUCUAAGCCAACAGAUGCAAUUUUCUCCUGCUUACUUUGAUGGACAAAAAUCAGUAAAUUUACCACAGCAGCCACAUCAGAGUGACACACAGUUCUCUUAUGCUCCCAAAGAGCGUUGGUCAUCUGCUGGACGACCUCCACAUCCAUUGGUUACUUUUGGGUUUGGUGGAAAACUCCUAGUUAUGAAAGAUAACGGUUCUUUUCUAACAAACUCUUCAUAUGGACACCAGGACUCAGCAGGAGGUGUGGUUAAUGUUCUCAACUUGAUGGAUGUUGUUGUGGGCAAAAAUGAUUCUUUGUGCACUGGAACUGGUGGUCGUGAUUAUUUCCAUAUAUUAUCGCAUCAAUCUUUUCCUGGACCUCUGGUCGGAGGGAAUGUUGGAAGCAGAGAGUUGAAUAAAUGGGUUGAUGAGAAGAUUGCAAAAUGUGAAUCUUCAAACAUGGACUAUAGAAAAGGCGAGGUCCUGAGGUUGCUUUUCUCUUUGCUGAAAAUAGCAUGCCAGUAUUAUGGGAAACUCCGUUCUCCCUUUGGCACUGACCAAGCAUUGAAGGAAAGUGAUUCUCCUGAAUCUGCUGUAGCUAAGCUCUUUUCAUAUGCUAAAAGAAAUGGUGUGCAACAUAGUGAGUAUGGCACUCUUACACGAUGCUUGCAGAACUUGCCUUCCGAAGCACAGAUUCAGGCUACUGCUCUUGAAGUACAGAAGCUUCUUGUCUCUGGUAGAAAAAAGGAGGCUUUAGGAUGUGCAAUAGAAGGUCAAUUAUGGGGACCUGCACUUGUUCUGGCUGCUCAACUUGGUGAUCAGUUUUAUGGUGAUACCGUGAAGCAAAUGGCACUUCAGCAGUUAGUUGCAGGAUCACCUUUGCGGACGUUGUGCCUGUUAAUUGCAGGGCAGCCAGCAGAUGUCUUUUCCAAUACUGCAAAUAUAUCUCAACAGUCUGGCCAGAUAUGGGCUGGGGCAAACAGUAUGCUAGAUGAAUGGGAAGAGAAUUUGGCCAUAAUAACUGCUAACAGAACAAAAGAUGAUGAGCUUGUUAUUAUUCAUCUUGGUGAUUGCCUAUGGAAGGAGAGGGGUGAGAUUGCUGCUGCCCACAUCUGUUACUUAGUUGCUGAAGCAAACUUUGAGUCAUAUUCAGACAGUGCAAGACUAUGUCUUAUUGGUGCAGAUCAUUGGAAAUUCCCCCGAACAUAUGCUAGUCCAGAGGCUAUUCAGAGGACAGAAUUCUAUGAAUAUUCAAAGGUGCUUGGCAAUUCUCAGUUUAUCCUACUACCUUUUCAGCCUUAUAAGAUUAUUUAUGCCCACAUGCUGGCUGAAGUGGGAAAAGUUUCAGAUUCUUUAAAGUACUGUCAGGCAAUUUUGAAAUCUCUAAAAACUGGACGAGCACCUGAAGUGGAAACAUGGAAACUGUUAGUAUCAUCUCUUGACGAGCGGAUAAGAACCCAUCAGCAGGGUGGUUACUCAACUAAUUUGGCUCCAACAAAACUGGUGGGUAAAUUGCUGACUUUAUUUGAUAGUACUGCUCAUCGUGUUGUUGGAGGUCUUCCCCCUCCUGUACCAUCAGCAUCACAUGGCAAUGUUCGACGUAGUGAACAAGUUAACCAGCCUGGAGGCCCAAGGGUAUCGAACAGUCAAUCGACGAUGGCGAUGUCUUCAUUAAUGCCUUCGGCAUCAAUGGAACCUAUAAGUGACUGGAUGGGUGAGGGCAAUCGACUGACAAAGCCUAAUAGAAGCAUUUCGGAGCCAGACUUUGGAAGAACUCCAAGAAAGGUUGAUUCAUCCAAGGAAGCCUCUCCUGAUAUAAAAGCAUCCAGUUCGGGGGCACCUUCUCGUUUUGGCCGUUUUGGCUCACAAAUAUUCCAAAAGACUGUGGGGUUGGUCUUAAGAUCCCGCCCUGACCGGCAGGCAAAACUAGGUGAGAAGAAUAAAUUUUAUUAUGAUGAAAAGCUCAAGCGAUGGGUUGAGGAAGGUACUGAACUUCCAUCUGAAGAAGCAGCCUUGCCGCCCCCACCACCAACUUCAGUUUUCCAGAACGGAAUGCCAGAUAGCAGCAUGAAAGAUGCAGCCAAAGUUGAAAACUCAGAGAGUAAUGGUGGGCCAGAAAUCAAAAGCCCAAAUUCUUCUGAACGGGGUUCUGGGAUCCCACCUAUCCCACCCUCUUCAAAUCAGUUCUCUGCUCGUGGGCGCAUGGGUGUUCGCUCAAGGUAUGUUGACACAUUCAACAAGGGUGGUGGGACAGCAACAAACUUGUUCCAGUCACCUUCAAUUCCAUCCCCAAAACCUGGAAUUGUUUCCAACCCCAAGUUUUUCAUCCCCACUCCAAUAGCCUCGGGAGAAGAAACAAUACAAACCACUAGAGAAAGCAUUCAAGAAGCCACAGGAACCAAUGAAAAUCUUUCUAGAUCUGUUAAGAACGAUGGAUUUGCACCUCCACCAACAUCAACAUCAUCAUCAAUGGCUAUGCAACGGCAUCCUAGCAUGAAUGACAUCUUAUACAACAGUAUGGGAACCACGGCAAAAUCCAACCCCUCUGUUAUUCCUCACUCCCGCCGAACAGCAUCAUGGAGUGGAACCUUUAGUGAUUCUAUAAGUCAGUCUAUAAGGACUGAUGUAAAACCGCUAGGAGAAGUACUUGGUAUGAACCCGUCACAAUAUCUGCCCAGUAACUCUUCGCCAAUGCGGUUUUCAGUGAGUGGCAAUAGUAUUGGGGAUGAUCUGCAUGAAGUUGAACUUUGAGGCAUCAGAGCUAUUGCUACAACUAGUGUAAAGUCCCAAUUUUUGUUCUCUUGUCCGGUCGUCCGUGAUAUGUUUCUUCAUCACAUUUUGCCGCAAGGAUUGGUGAUGGGGUUGAUGCAAAUGGGAAUGGUUUUUGGGAGAGAUUUAUAUACCCUCAAGACUCAGAUUCGGUUUGAAUAUCUGAGGUACAGCCAUUCCCUGGUGUUUUUUGAGGAUCCUUCUGUCCUUCAAAGUGAAGAGAGCAUGUUUUUUUGGUAUUGUUGUACAGGUCCAUUUGUUGAUUUAUCAGACAGCCUUGAUGAAGACAGAAGAGGACCUAAAAAGUGAGCACCCCUUCUAUACCUUCUCGAGGGAAGAAAAAAAAUUGCCUAUUGAAAUUGCAAAAAUAAUAUGUUCCUUCUUGCUUUUUUAUGGAUCAUAUUCACAACACAGAUGCUCAAAAUGAAAGGCUGAAAGUUUUGCAUUUUAACUUCUUCCUAGUUGGAAUAUGUACCUAGUUCCCCAAAAGUGGCAUUAUUUUUGUUCCCCCUUGGUGAUUGUCUCUCACUUUUAGAAUUAUCCUAUUGGAUAGAUAUAUAGCAAUAUGGAGAAUUUUUUAGCCCUA